GUCGUCGUCGUCGUCGCCAAAUCCUCGACCUGCUACGACACUUCCAAAACAUGGACGCCAGACUGGCAGACUUGCUGAGCACAUCAAAACAGCUCUCCUCCAUCAUCACAAGGCUAUCUCACUGUCCUGGCCCUACGUUUGUACAAAAAGAACUCGCUGAUGUGAUCCGUGAUGAGCUCGCAUCACUCGAUCGGGAGAUUGCUUCGUGUGAGACGUAUGUGCAAGAUACAGAAGACGAUACACAGCGCGCAGCACAGCAACUCGCUGUUGCAAAGCUCGCUGAAGAUCUAGCCAACCACAGACUCGCCUAUCGCCGCGCUGUCCUCAAAGCGCAGCAAAACUUGCAAACGACGCAACAGCUCGAUCGUGACUUGCUCUUUGGCAAAGCUGGGAAGAAUACCUCAUCACUCAUGAGCCGUCGCGAAGAGCGUGGCAGCCAUGCAGUGUUGCAAGCAAGUGGCGAUGUCACGGCUGAAUUGAGACGAACGCAUGCCAUGAUGUCUGAAGAACUCUCUCGCUCUGCACUCGCACAGGAGCUCUUGCAGGGGUCCUCAAAUUCCCUCAAAACGCUCAAUGAGGAGUACACGGCCUUCGAAACAAUUCUUGCGGGGUCAAAGCGACUCAUCAAGGAGCUUGAACGGGCUGAUAAAAUGGAUAGGUGGUUGAUUGUCGGUGCCCUUGGAUUCUUCAUCUUUGUGGUUUCAUUCAUUCUCUACAAGCGCAUCUUUAGCAAGGGCGUCAAUGUUAUCUGGUGGAUCAGUCCAGCAAGAGACGAGCUGUGAGGAAGGGGGGUUGUCUUUGUCAUACAAAAAAAGAGCCCAAAAGGAUGAAUAAUGUGCUAAUGAACGCUUGCUCUCGAAUGCUUUACUUGUGUUCCAUCAAACGACACAUAAGAUGCACACCUAUGGCGCUUUGGCGUACUUCUGAGUCCA